CAAUCCCGGCUGAAGAAGCUGUUUUUCCCCUUUAACUUAAGUUGUCUUUUUCAGAGUUUCUGUUUCGUUUCUCUGUAACCGAGCGUCGCUCUAGCUGUGCGGAGGCAGCUCAGCUCCGCUCAGUAACACUGUAGACCACUUGGCUGAACCCGUUUCAGGAUGACUGAAAUCAUCUCCAAAUUCAUCAUUAAGACCCUGUGCGACAACCAGGGGAGUUUGGACUUCAAGCGCCUGGAUGAGAAGAUCGGACAGAGUUUCACUGUUGCGACAGAAGUCCUGCGAAGUGUCCUCUUUGACGACGGUAAAAUAGCCAUUCAAGAAGGCCGACAGAAGCUCGUCGGCGGACAAAUAAUUAGUCCGGAUAGUCUGGUAGUGGUUAAAACCAAUCUGCGGAUCUGUCAGGAGAAACCCGGAGACUGUACACAGUGCGAUGGGUUACACCUGUGCAGAUAUUUUGUUUGCGGAGAGUGCACAUUCGGACACAAGUGUAAAAACCCCCAUAGUCUGACUUCUCCAUACAAUGCAGCGCUUUUGAGGAGAUAUGGUCUUCACGAUUUGACAGAGAGACAGCUUUUCCAGCUGUUACUGCAGAAUGACCCUUAUCUGCUUCCCGAGAUCUGCCCACAUUACAACAAGGGCAACGGCCCGUAUGGUUGCUGCAAGUUCACCACUUCCUGCACAAAGCUUCAUGUCUGCCAGCACUAUCUCCAGGGAGACUGUAAGUUCGGCUCUUCGUGUAAGAGAGCCCAUAAAAUUGACGCUCAUGGAACGAAGAUCUUCAAUGGAUUCAGUCAGGAGAAUAUUAAAAACCUUCAUGAGAUCUACAGAAAUAAAUUCAUCAUCACGGGUCAGCGGGAGAGACGGUGUAUAUCAUAA